AUGGAGGAAAUGCACGACAUUGCGGCUGAUUGCUACGUUGAACUGCGAGGGGAAGACGACUUGACGAGUGUUUCCACCCGCAUGCGAGCAAUCAGAGUUCGCAAUGUCGACAGAGGGUCGCAAGCCAAUAUCCUUCAAGGCACCGCCCAACAAUUCGGCGAGUUUUCAGACGAAGCGUUGUUCGUAGCCCUGUGGCAACUGGGAGCCGCAAGCCUGUUCAGCACUUCAGAGCGCAUCCUCGAGCUUAGCAACAGUAUCAUCAUUCGCCUCGUGUCUUCAAAUGGAGGGCGUCAUCUAAGUGUAUGGGGCCUUGAAGACAUGCAACACUACGCGUGGGUCAACUUCAACAUCAGCAAAGCUUACGCAGAGCGUGGGCAGAUAGAGGUUAGCAUACUCCCGUUGAAGGAGAGCAUCAAAGCGACUGGGUACGUGUUGGUAAAUGCCGAAGAUGAAGCUUUGAUAGAACGGGCAGAUACUCAGCUUGUGAGCAAGUACGGGAAGCUGGAACAACGUCUUCGUAUUCUUGGAAAGGUGGCGGAAGCGAACAAGGUUAAUGAAUACAUCACUAAGUCCACAUACUUAGAAGAGGAGGAGCAAAACGAUCUAGCUGAAAAUCUCGAUCCAAUCCUGGCACUCCCUAAUUCCCAAGAGAGGUAG